UUCUUCUUCAACUUCGAUGGCUUGAGUGGCCCAUUUGCACUCAUGCUCGCAGCCGAGGAGGAAUGUAAGGGAGAGCUCCAGAGGUCAUGCUCACGGACUGUGGCGGAGAAAGUUAGUGAACAGUGCCAGUUGGCAUGCCACUGUCGAAGAUACCCUCCCCUCCCGCCACCUCCGCCUCCACCGCCUCCACCACGGCUACUGGGCACCGCAGUGGUAAAGCCCGUGGUGCCCUUGUUGAGGCCCUGGUGGAUGGAGAUGGACAUCAUAGUGCUCGGAACGGUGGGCUGUGCCUCGGUCGUCUUCCUCCUCUCAGCCAUCAUCAUCUGCUACAAGGCUAUCAAGAGGAAACCACUACGGAAAGAGGAGAACGGGACGAGUCGUGGGGAGUACGCCAUGAGCAUCCGUAACAAGAAGGCCAUGGGUACGAACAACACUGUGGUAUAGACUGUCUCCUGGUACACACAGGGAGUGACGU